AUGCUAAUUUUUCCCGUCGAAGACCUUUUCUAUAUAUCAGAUUUUCAGAUUUUAAUUAAAACGGAAUGUCAAGCUGAGAAAAAUGAGGAUUUUCGACACCUCCUUUUUGCUUUUAAUCAAAGUUCUAUAAGCUAUAAAACCAUGUUGUGUAUGGAUGGCGUAGGCCGCUCAUUAAAAAAAAACACCAUAAAUAAGCUGCGAAGUGAACAUGACAACAUAGGGAAGUCAUCGAGUGUGGAAUGA